AUGGAGCGGAAAGCACCGGGCGGAGGCGAACGACUCUUUCGAACAUAUCAUGAUCCGUCCGGCGUGGGCUACAUUCUGGUGCUUUGCUUUCCCCUGCUGUUCGGCUGCUUUGCCGUACUGCGGAUUUUCCUUGCGACGGCCCGGUGCCAUCUGUAUUACGAGUCACUCCGCAAUGGAUUGCUCCUGAAGUUCCAUGUUAGCAGCAGUCGGUUCGACCCCUUGGUGCUGUGGUUCUGGCUGGGUAUCAUCAUUACCCUUGGUGCUGCUUUGAAGGUGGUAUGGUACGAGCAGAGCACCUUCCUGAUGGACGUGCAGGCAUUGGUCGUCUUUGCAUCACCGAUCUACUACAUGACCUCCUCGAUCAUGGAUAUCCAGUAUGCAGAGAAUACGGCGCUGAAGAGCGAGUGCAUCCUGGGCUUGGAGGGUAUUUCGAAGGACGAGCCAGUGACUGUUGGUGCCAAGAACAACAUCGUCCCGGUGCAUGAGUCCGUCUUCGUCUGCUUAGCGCGAAGUAAGCAGCCGGUGAACGCCACGUCUUCUUCAACGAGCGAGGACGCUUCCACGGAGCACCUUUCGGUUUCGGAUCUGCGUUGGGUCGCCGGCGUUUCGCGGAGGAAAGCAACUGGUGUCAACCGGUUCUUUUUGCUGCUCUUCGACCCAACCUUGGUCUGCACUCUGCUAUGCCUGGCCAUGCUGAGCUGCACUGUGUGCUUUCGGAAGAUCACCACCAAGCCCGAGAUGCUGAAACUGGAGGUCAUUGGUGGAAUGCUGGCGACAGGCUUCUCGCCACACAUGCAGGACUACAGUGUGUUUCUGGAGCGAGGCCGCACGUUUGUGGCGAUCCAUGGCCAGGUGGAUGCAGCAGAAACGGCACGCUUCAGCGUGCUUGCCGACGGUGUCGCAGAGGCCAACACGACGGGUGCAGUCCUCACGCAGGCCUUCAUGGUAGACCAUCAGGAGAGGUAUCCGGUUCUGCGGAGCUUCGUAGUGGCUGAUGCGACCACAUCCAACGAUUACAGGAUCCAGAUGCUGCAUACCGGCCUUCUACCCAGCUCUGUGACCUUGGUGGCUGAAACAACGACGGGGCAAACCUUCCGCAGAUGUGUUCCGUGGGGAUUCUUGUGGACCGAGAACUACAUCACACUUCCCGGCACUACUACCUCCUUGAGUGUGGAAGUGGAGAUGCUGCACUACAUCGCAGAUAUACCAUCUGGCAGUCCGAUUGGCGACAGAUUCUCAACAAUGUUCGUCCCAAACAUGACGCAGGAAAAGUGUUCGCAGCUUUUCUAUUACAAGCAGAUGGUGGCAACCUGGCAUACGAAGCAUGGAUGCUGGGCCGUGGUUCAGCCAUCCUGGGCGGCCUGCGGAGCUACGCGAUCUGACUUGACAGCUCAGUUUCUGACGUACACACACAGCAUCGUCGACGGCAAAGCUUGCGCCAAAGAGCAUGCGAAAGCCAAGUCUGGCUGUGUCGAUUUGCAGGCCAAGCCUGGAUCCUCCGUUAUGAAAGCGAGUAUCACGAGCUUCCUGCCCAAAGACGACUACACGGAGUUCUCAGCUUUCAGCAUCGAGACGCUGGUUCAUCAGGGAAAUCUCAACAAAUCGUAUUCACACAUGUCCAACGAAGAUACCUACAACCCGACCCAGGGCAUCCGUCUGUCGUACAAGCCGACCACCAAUUACAAUAUGUUCGUUGCUUACGGCUUCAUUCCCAACGUCACGGUCUGGUCGACGGGCUUCGACUUCGCAGCAGGAACGCCUCGAUCGGUGCGUAUGAAUGGAUGGCAGGGCGUGAAGCCAUGGGUGCUGCACGUUUUUGACUCCAGAGCCUUCGUCAAGGCGGAGACCAUGACAAUCCUCAUGAUAUCCGGGGACCUCGAUUGCUCGAUCUCGUCGGCAGAGGCUGGCCCUGUGAGAGCGUGGGAAGAGCCGAUUCCGCUGAAGAAGGUAGACCCUCCGUCGGGUGCCACAUGCUUUUAUGACCCCGAGUCCGAGGUCUGUCCUUUUGGCUGGAAGAAGACCACGGCUUUUGAGCUGCCGCUGGAGAGCUUUCGGGUCUACUCGACCGUGUCGAACUGGGACGGGAUGGAAGUCGUCGGCACCCGAACUUGCCACUCUUUGGAGCAGUUUCAGGGGCCAGUUGGGAUGGAGCCAUUCCUGGUCACCCCGAGGAUGUGGAUUGAGCCGAACAUCCGAGCCUUGCCAUUCUUUCCCGCGGACCCGACGCUCAUCUUGCCCUUCGGCGACGAGUGUGAGGACGCCCGCAACUUCUGCUCCGUGAAUGUUCAUCACAUGGGCAUGUUGUUGAAGCAAGUCGCCCACGGAUUCGCCAACGGCGAAGAAGUGCCAAUGUCGUUGGCUCAGGUCAAGGAGCUCCAUGGACGUGGGCAGGGUUCUCCAGAAAGGGGGUAG